AUGGUUCUCGGAAUAUUUUUAACGGAGAUCGUAGUAGCAUUUUGUCUUGCUGCUACCUUGCUGUAUAAAUAUGGAAAUAUUUUUCGACAGCAUAUCAUAGUUACGAUCUCUGUACUGAUAGCAUGGUACUUUUCGUUGCUGAUAGUAUUUAUAUUGCCCUUAGAUGUUUCAUCCACCGUUUUCAGACAGUGUGUGGAACAAAAUAUUCACAAUAAGACAAAUUCUAAUAGUACAACAACAGCCCCAAUUCAUAGUUGCAAGGAACCUUGGCCUAAUGUACCAGAGCAUGUGUUUCCAAAUUUAUGGAGGAUCGUAUAUUGGACCUCUCAGUGUCUAACAUGGUUGAUUUUGCCAUUGAUGCAGUCUUACAUUAAAGCAGGGGAUUUCACAGUUCAGGGAAAACUGAAGUCUGCUUUGAUAGAUAAUGCUAUAUAUUAUGGUAGUUAUUUAUUCAUAUGCGGUAUCCUUUUAAUAUAUAUAGCGUUGAAGCCUGGUUUUGAUCUUGACGGUCAAAAACUGAAAGCCAUAGCAUCGUCUGCGUCAAAUACAUGGGGUUUAUUUUUGUUGGUGCUACUCCUUGGAUACGCUCUAGUAGAAGUUCCUCGUGGAUUAUGGAAUGCUAGCAAACCUGGAUAUACAUUGAAUUAUAGUUAUUUCAAAGUAGCUAAGCUAAGUUUGGAUAAAUGCGAGGCGGAAGAAACGGUCGACGAUAUACUUGAGUCUCUACAAGCAGCUACAGUGUCUAUCGGCCCGGGACAUCCUUAUCAUUGUAACUUGGAAACGAUUUUCCAAAAGAUCCCAGCGGAAUUAAAGGAUAGGAUGAACAGGAGACAAUUGCCAGAUGACACACCGACGGACACGCCAUCGGAAAAAGCGUUGAUUCGUUUGCACAGACAAACUAUAAAAGCACUGCAAACUUUGCAACGUAUAGAAACCCAGUGGGGGAUUUUAGUUGAGAAAAUUAUCGAUUUAGAGGACAUAGCGAGGAAUCAGAUAAGCGAAGAUAAAAGAUUCAAGUCUACUUUCCCUAAGCGACGCUCGAUUCCCCUCCUCAUUAUUUAUAGUCCAGUUGUCGAGUGGUACUGGAAAUGUGUCAUAAAGAGUUACGUGCAGAAAGCUGCAGCUGUUUGCGCUGGCUGUCUUUCAGCAGCUGUAGUAUGGUCAGAAGUAACGUUUUUCAAUAAAUCUCCAGUGUUAUCACUGUUCGCCCAAUUCUUGAAUCUAGCUAGAAACAAUUAUGAUUACUUUACGGUCGAGGUGCUAUCAAUGCUGAUAAUCGCGUACCUUUGCUACUGUGCUUAUUCAACCGUUUUAAAAAUCCGCGUGUUGAACUUGUAUUACCUCGCACCGCAUCAUCAAACCAAUGAAUAUAGUUUAAUAUUUAGCGGCAUGAUGUUGUGCCGUCUUACUCCACCUAUGUGCUUAAACUUUCUGGGUCUUAUACACAUGGAUUCGCACAUUAUAAAGACUCACAUUUUGGAAACCUAUUACACUCAGGUAAUGGGGCACAUGGAUGUUAUUUCCAUUACGUCUGAUGGAUUUAACGUAUAUUUCCCAAUGGCUAUUCUGGCAUUUUGCCUGUCGACGUAUUUUAGUUUAGGAAGCAGACUGCUUUCUAUGUUGGGUUUCCAGCAGUUCCUCGACGACGACGAAUUCACGAUGGAUCUCGUCGACGAGGGUCAGGAGUUAAUAAAACGUGAAAGACGCAAACGGCAAAGGGCAGAGGAUUCAAUGUGCAGAAGACGGGAGUUUCAAGAAAGAUUUAGUACUUCUAACAGUGCGUCUCGUUAUAAAAUGUCAAGGCAAAGCACCGACACAGUACGACCUUUGAAACGGGACGAGUCAGUGGAAUCUGCAAGAGCUGGAUUACUGCGCGACUUCGACCCUGCCGAAUAUUAUAUCGGGAUGGCGUCCAAUGUUGAUAGUUACGGUGCAAAUAAUAGUUUCGACAGAGAUUAUCAGCCGGAUGAUCUCUACGAAGACCGCAUAGAUAAUUCAAGAACAUUUGUCAGGAAUACGAAUCGCGUAGGCCCCCCGCCAAGAGGAUUGUUCGACGACAUUUGAAUCGCUCAUUAACAAAUUUAUAGAAACAGGUAUAUUUAUAUUUAAAAAAUACUCAAACUAUCUAUCCUGAUCUUCAUAAGUUCGUAAACACAGUAAAAAAGGUAACUACAGAUAAAUAAGGUAGACAAAAGAUCUUUUACGUGGUUUUAUUCAUCGAGUUUAAACGAACAGCCAAUUAAAAUCGACGUAAGUUUCGAUUUGUUUUCUUUAAUAUUUCACGAUUGGUAUAAUACUAAUAAAAUAAUUAGAAUGUUGUAAUGUAAAAUUUUGAAUUUCAUACAAUAUUUGAUAUAUUUUUAACGAUCUACGUACAUAUAAGCAAUUAUAAUAUCGUAGAUAAUCAACCUGAAAUAAUGUUCGUAGAAUCGCGAAAAGUAUUAAACAAACAUUUCAAAAUCUGAUUAAUAAAACCAAAGUAGAAAGUAACGUAUAAAUAUUCCAAUCUAUCUCUAUCUAUCUCUUGUACUGCACAUUAUUAAUUAUAACUUGUAUUUAUAUUUAGGACAAUUAACGUAGUUUACGACGUAGCAUAUAUGUACUUAGAAUUCUUAUAAUAUGUUUAAAUAUAUUAUAACAUUUAAAAAGGAUUUUAUCACGUGAUCGAUUCUUUUAAUAAGGAACUUUUGAUCAAGUUUCCGCAAAUAAUUUGUACAAAUUUCAAUUACUUUUGUAAAUGAUUAUAGUUGUACAUAGCAGAUAUUUAUAUUGCUUCAACUGCAGUUUAUUUACGUUGUACAUGUACAUUGUCUUUUUAGUUGUAAAAUAGGCAGUAGUUUGUAAGGAGAAAACAUAAUAACGUUCCCUCUCUUAUGCAAAAUGAAAUAUGUAUAUCAAUUUUAUUGAAAAUACUUCAUACAUGUACGAAAAUAGUUAACAAAAUACCGUGUGUCUAAAAUAUAACGUGCAAUAAUAAUA